AGCAGAAGAAUGCAGGUCCUCAACUUCCAGCUCCGUUCAUCCCAGAUCUUACCCGGAAGCACGUGAGAAACGCCUGAGAUGGUCUACAGGGUUUUCCUUCUAGAGGCCCAGCAAUUGUCCCUUGCAAUCGGGACAGCACCUGGACUGCAGAUAAGCAAUCCAGACCCUGGCCCGCGACGCUCCUGCCACCCGAGCUCAGCAAAGCUCGCAUACUCACGUACGGCUACAACGCGUAUAUCGUGCGGAAUUCGGUCGCAUCAACAAAUGGGCUGACCGAGCAUGCCAACAACCUCUUGAACGACUUGACGACCGACAGAACCCGUUCCAACGCGUCCUCUCGACAGUCUUGGUCGCCCACAGCCUGGGCGGCCUCGUCUGUAAAGAAGCCAUUCUACUCUCGCGAAACAACCCUAAUGCACACCUCCGAGGCAUAUUCGAUUGCACUAAGGGCAUCGUAUUCAUGGGCACUCCUCACAGGGGAUCCUGGAUGGCCAACUGGGCCAGGAUACCGGCUUCGGCUCUUGGGAUAGUAAAAUCCACCAAUAAGUCGCUGUUGAACAUCUCGGAGACAGAUGACAAGUACCUCCGGUCCGUUCAAGAUCGGUUCUGGUCCAUGGUACGGGAACAACAGAAGGCCGGCCGGGAUCUCGAGGUUACAUUCUUCUUUGAAGAGCUUCCUUUGCGUGUGGUCGGAAAAGUCGUUUCUCAGGACUCGGCCACUCUUGAAGGUUACAAUGCGUUUAGCAUUUACGCCAACCAUAGCGAUAUGGUCAAGUUUGGCUCCGCGGACGACAAUGGCUUCAAAAGACUGCUUGGCGAGCUGACCAGAUGGGAGUCACAAUUCGGGAAUUCAGCUGCCAGUCAACCAACACGAUCGAGGGGAGAAGCACAGAUCGAGAAACCAGCCAACUCAUCCUUUAACAGCUAUGGCCCCGGCGACCAAUUCAACGCUCCUGGCGGUACUCAGAAUAUUAGCAAAGGCAGCGGCAACCAAUUCCCUGGGGCUACUUUCUCUGGGUCUGUGCAAUUUGGCUAA